CCACUUUUCAGCAGCUCAACCUGAGUGUUUUUUUAUUCUGAAGAUGGUUCCACUCUGGAUAAUUGCUAUAACUCUAUACAUGAUGUGUCCUGCCCGAUCAGUGGAUUUUUUCCGUCCAUCGUUCCUCUCAGUGAGGUUCGGAGAAUGUAUUAGCCUUAUCUGUCCAUUCGGACACAAUCAGAGGACUGAAAGCGUGAUUUGGUACAAACAAAGUGUCGGAGAGAUGCCUCGAAAAAUCGGAGAAAGAAUAGCAUAUAAGGAGGUCAAAUUUUCCCCAGAGUUCAAGAAUUCAGGCUUUAUUAUGGAGAUGACUGAUAACGGCAUUUCUCUGACAAUUCCAAAUAUAAAAAAAGAUCAUGAAGGACUUUACUACUGUGGGAAAUUAUUUACAUUGGAGAACGUUACGCUGUCUAAUGGAACGUUCUUGGCUGUGUCAGAUGACAGAGAUGUAAAAGUGAGUGUGUGGCAGCGCGGCGUGUCGGACUCGGUUCCUGCAGGAGCCUCAGUGACUCUGCAGUGCUCGGUUCUCUCUGAGAGCAGAGCAGCAGAACUCCAAGUGCUCUGGUUCAGAGCUGCUCCACCACAAUCCCAUCCUCAAAUCAUUUACACUCAUCACAACAGCAGCCAUCAGUGUGAGAGCGACUCUUCUACACACACCUGUGUGUACAACUUCUCCAAGAACAUCCUCAGCCUCAAUGAUACUGGAACUUACUACUGCGCUGUGCUCCUGUGUGGGAAGAUCAUCUUCGGGAACGGGACACCAGUACAGAUGCAGAACGUUGCAGCAUCUUAUAAUCCUGUAGUGAUCUGUCAGGGAACAGCGCUGGUAAUGUGCGGGAUUCUGAUUUCUGUUCAAACUGUUUUACUCUGUAAAAGAAAAAACGGUCCACAACACAGAGAGAGAAUUCAGCACGAUGCCGUGAUAAACACUGACGAGACGAACACUCAGGUUGAUGAUGGUGUAGAGCUGAAUUACGCUGCCUUACAUUUUAAUGAAAGGAAGAUUAAAAGAGUGAGAGGAAACCGAGGUCCAUCUCAUGACAGUGUUUACUCCGAAGUGAAACAUUCCACCAUUUCUCACAUAAAAUAAUCUUUAAUAUUAUUGUGUCUGAAAUUGUUCGAUCUGUUUUAAUGUAUUUGUACAUAAGCACACUGUGGUGAAUCAUCUGAGUUUUUUCUAUUAAAA